AUGCCGGCAGACACUGAAAAGAAUCAAAAAGAGACAAUCAAAGUUGUGUAUCUCAGGAGUGGAAAAACUUUAGCAGAGCCAAAGGCAAAACCAAGGGAUGAGAAGGAUAUCAACGCAACCAAGAUAGCUGAAGAACAGAAAAUCGGUGAAUCUUUGCCCAAGAAGAAUGUUAGCAGCAAGGAUGUUGAUAAGCAGAAGAUGAACAACGCGGUUGAGGAAAUCAAGCACAUGCCAUUGUUACCUUUUCCUCAAAAGAUAAAGUGGGAGAAAUUAGACAAUUGCUUUGGAAAAUUCUUGGAGAUGCUGAAACAGUUGUAUGUGAACAUCCCAUUCACGGAGGUGCUCACACAGAUGCCAAACUAUGCAAAAUUCCUAAAGGAAAUCCUCUUAAGAAAAAGGAAGCUCGAGGAAACGAAAGUGGUCAAACUCAAUGCCCGCUGCAGUACCAUUCUACAGAACAAAAUUCCCAAGAAGUGUGCAAAUCCUGGCAGUUUCACUAUACCAUGCUCGUUGGGUAGCGAACAUUUUGACAAAGCCUUGUGCGAUUAA